CAAUGACAACUUCACAGUGUGAAGGAGGGAUCCACGCUGAUCACAGUUAUACUGCUUAUUUUCCAGAGGCAUCCAAAGAAAGUGUUGAUUUAGCAGAAAGAGUGAAAGAGCUCCGAAGAGAAUUAGAGUCACUAAAACUGAAAAAACAAGCCUUUACAAUUUGCAACAUAAUACAGGACCCAGACAAGAUGCUGUUAUAUACUUCAUUUCCCUCAGAAGUUUUCAAUAUACUGGUGUUUUUGUUGGAAAGAAUGGCCCCAUUCCAAUACUAUAAUGGAUGGACAGUACAAGGGAUCAGUACCAGUGACCAGCUCCUUAUGACUCUUAUGAAGUUACGCCUUAAUUUAAGGGAUUUGGAUUUAGCAGAAAGAUUUAACACCAGUAAAAGUACUGUCUCCAACAUAUUGAAUACCUAUGUUACAGUGCUGCAUGAAAUUUUAUUUGAAGGAGUGAUGAAGGCUGUUGGGAUACCCUCCCAGUUAAAAUGCAAAGGGUCAAUGCCCAAAUCAUUUGAGGAGUUUUCCUCUGCGAGAAUAGCAAUGGAUGCCACCAAAAUCACACAGGAUGUACCAUCAGACAUGAAUAACCACUCGCUAUCUUACAGCAACUACAAAAGUCGCCAUACAGUAAAAGCUGUCACGUGUGUAGCACCAAAUGGUGCUUUAGUGUAUUGUUCAGAACUCUAUCCUGGAUCCACCUCUGAUGCUGCCAUUGUUGAUCACUGUGGUGUAUUGGAUAUGUUGAAGCCAGGUGAUAUGAUCCUUGCAGAUAAGGGCUUCAACAUAUUUGAUAAGCUUCCACCAGGAGUGACAUUAAACAUACCACCUUUCCUGUCAUCCAAAUGUCAUUUCACAAAGGAAGAAGCACAGCUUUGUUACAAGAUUGGGAGAAGUCGAAUUCAUGUGGAGCGAGCAAAUGAAAGAAUCAAGAACUACCGUAUUCUAGAUCACAUUCCUGCACAAUACAGACAUCUUGCCACUAAAAUUUUCCAACUGUGUGUAGCUCUUGUUAAUUUGCAAGCUCCUCUGUUGAAGGAAAUAGCAGAAAAGUAUGAAAUUUAG